GUCUGUGAACAUCGUCACACAUUCCCUUCAGCUGAGUGUUAACUUAGUCAUGUGGACUCAAAUACAGAUUCUACAUCUGAAUGUGACACUGCUUCUGAAAAGAUCACAAGAACAAAUGCUCUGGUGGUUUUGAGCACAAAAAUGGCGGAUUCAAUCCAUGGGCCAGAGAGCUUGGAUGUACCACAUGUCGGCAAAAGGAUGGGGAGAGACUGCAGGACAAAAACACACCAAGGGAAUUACUCCCAAAAAAGUGGGGUUAGGACUCCGAGAAACAUUAACAACAUAAAUUUAGAAAAUGAGAAAGAAAUGAUGUCCGGGACAGUACCCUGGUGCACCCGGUUAGUCAAAAACUCCUGGCAUCACAAUUUCUACAUGCUCUAAAAGAAGGCUAUUCAUCUCAAUUUUUCGACUGCAAGAUGCUGGAUUUUGGCAUCAACUGGAACAUGCUGUCGUAUACGCCAAUUCAUAGCAUCCCAAACAUGCUCAAUGGGUGACAUGUCCGGUGAGUAUGCCCGCCAUGCAAGAACUGUGAUCUUUUCAGCUUCCAGGAAUUGUGUGCAGGUGCUUACAACAUGGGGCCGUGCACUGUCAUGCGCUUGAGGUGAAUGGCACAACAAUGGGCUUCAGAAUCUCGCCAUGGUAUCUCUGUGUAUUCAAAAUACCAUAAAUAAAAUGCACUUGCAUCCGUUGUCCGUAAAAAACGCCUGCCCAUACCAUAACCCCACCCCCACCAUGGGCUACUCCAUUCACAAUGUUGACAUCAGCAAACUGCCCUCCCACACGACAUCACAGACGCUAUCUGCCAUGAACAUUGAAAACCGGGAUUCAUCUGAGAACAGAACACCUCUCCAACGUGCCAGACGCCAUCAAAUGUGAGCCUUUGCUAACAUUACUCAAGCUGGUUGCGAUGACAAACUGGGGUCAGGUCGAGACCCUGAUGAAGACGACGAGCAUGCAGAUGCUCAUCGAUGAGCUUCCCUGAGAUGGUUUCUCACAGUUUGUGCUGAAAUUCUGUGUUUAUGCAAACCCAUUGUUGCAGCUGCUGUCCGGGUGACUGGUCUCAGAGGAUUAUGGGAGGUGCACCUGCUGGAUGUGGAGGUCCUGGGCUGGCGUGGUUACACGUGGUCUGCAGUUGUGAGGCCGGUUGGAUGUACUGACAAAUUAUCUGAAACGCCUUUGGGGAUGGCUUAUGGUAGAAAAAUUAACAUUCAAUUCACGAGCAACAGAUCUGGUGGACAUUCCUGCAGUCAGAAUGCCAUUGUGCUGUGUGAUAAAACUGCACAUUACAGUGGCCUUUUAUUGUGGAUAGCCUCAGGCACACCUGUGCAAUGAUUAUGUUGUUUAAUCAGCAUCUUAAUAUGCCACACCUGUGAGGUGGGAUGGAUUAUCUUUGCAAAGAAGAAAUGCUCACUGACACAGAUUUAGACAGAUUUGUGAACAAUAUUUGAGAAGAAUAGUUAUUUUAUGUAUAUAGUAGACGUUUUAUAUCUUUGAAUUCAAAUCAUGAAAAAUGGGAGCAAAAACAAAAGUUUUCCUUUUAUAUUUUUGUUUAGAGUAGAUGCUUAUUUUGUAUCAAUUAAGAGUUAUUUUAGAUUUUAACAAUUAAAAAGUCUAUUAUCAAACAUUUCUGUUAGAACUACCACUCAAUAAAUUCAAAUCAUAUUCAUAUUUUAUUUGGAGCUGUACAAAGCUAAAAUCAUAUUGGGAAGAAGUACACUAUGUUUUGUGUUUAGUGUUGGGAUAUAAAAUUCCAAUGACAUGUAUGACUAUGUAUAUGGGACACAUAUUGUCAGUUGUACAGACAGAAGAUUGUUAUUUGAUUAAGGUACUUUUAACAGCCUUUAGGAAAGUCCUGGUACAAACCUGAAUCUCCUACUGGAAAACUACGGCUGGACAUUAUCAAAGAAAUAUGGACAAUGGAGAAAAUGACUCAUGUACUAAAUAUGAGGGAAUACCUCUUUAAGAAAAAGAUUGUUAAAGUGGAUAAUUUAUUUAGAAAAAACAUUCAUGAUACUUUUGAGAUGAUAAGUAACCUACUAGAAAAAUGAUUUUUUUUCUAUUAUAUCCUUUAACAGCGAGGGAGCAGGAAAGGGCUAGGAAUAUUCUUGUCAUAAAAAUUAAUAUGAAGCGGCCGGUUAUUCAUUAACUGACAUUGUACAUGUGCCUCCUCCCCCACGGAUUUACUCUAGUGUUUUGAGUAAAUGAAAUCUGCUGCAAAUAUAUCAAUUGUCUCCCAUGUUUUGAAUUAAACUCUGAACUCAACCACCAGUGGAAUAGCCUAGUCUAAAGAACCUUUAUUACUAAAUGAACUGGAAAUACGUUAAAUAUACACAACCGGCUGUGUGUGUUGGGGCCCCAAGGGAGGAUUAAUUGUUUAAAUGUACACAUAAACGACCUAAAAAAGUACAUAAAGAGGUGUCUUUCCAAGUGGCCACACCCCUAUUACAGGUGAUACUAGACCUGACAAGUUACACUUCAUCUGCACAAUCCAGCAAUUUCUACAUACUUGCUGCUUGUCAACUCCAGGAACUUAACCUAAAUUUAGAUGAUAACAUGAGCCAGCAGUAAAGGGAUAAUACUUGAGUCAAGGGAGAUGAUGCGCAAGAUCAUUCUGCUCCUUGGACUCACCUCCGGCUGUGUCUGUGGAUUUGAGGUUAACGUGACCCAGGCGUCCUACUCCGCCAAAGAAAACGACAACAUCACUCUGCGUUGGACGUUCACCAGCCAUCGCAACAUGCUCCUCAGCUCAUUGUGGAUCCAUUGCGAGAUCUUUGCCCAGGGCAAGGCACCAGUCCACCUAUUUCGUCUGCAAGAAGGUGUGGAGGUGCCCGCGGUCUACAAGGGACCUUUUACAGAGCGCUUACAGAGCGACAUGGGUGCUUUGAAUCGGGGAAAAAUCAUCUUACGACUGUUUAGACUCCGACUGGAAGACUCUGGCUUGUACAGGUGUCAAGUCACAACCAGAGAGGGCAGAAAGUCUGCAGAAUGUCAAGUCAUCGUCACAGCUAGCAAUGUGGUGAACGAGGGGGUUAACGGGACAUUAGCGAGUCCCCCACCGCAAGACUCAGACGACCACAACAUUUUAAGGGCACUUCUUCUCACCGCGAUAGCAGCAGCGGUGGUGGCAGCACUUGCAGCAGGCUACUUGCUCUCACUCAUCCUUUGAUACAUAAAGCAGCGGUGAACUGUCCAGCAGUGCCGUGUCAUGUCUGUUUGAAGCAGCACAGGUCUUUAAGGAGACACGCAGAAAAACUACACUGUUAUCUUUUUUUUUAUUAUAACAUUGUCUGUGAGGCGAAUAAACAGUUUUUAAAAACAAAAAACAAAACAAAAAGGCAGCAUCCUUUUUUUAAUCAGUAUUUUAAUGGACCAAAUCUGACAUUGACAUUACUGCGAGGUUUAAAGGACCCAUAUGAUACUAACUUGAUUUUAUAAUUGUUAUAAUGAUGCCCCAAGAGCAGGGAUAUUCCACUAAAUUGUUUUGUAUAUUCUGUAGAACCAGCAUUCUCUACAGUAGAUAUUUGAAUUUUGUGUAUUUCUUUUGUCAGAGUUACAAGAGUGUUCUGCUGUUUUUAAAGACCUUUUGCUAAGAAGCUAAUCUUUGAUCAUCUUUUUUCACCAGUUGAAUAGCCCAAUUGGUGAAAAAGAGAAGACCUAAAACGGAACCUUGAGGAACACCACAAACAUAACUAAAGAAGUUGAACGGGGGUCCCCACACCAGUGGUCCCCCCCCCCCAGUGUUUCUUAUUGUCAAACUACUUUCAUAUCCAGGGAUGUCGUUGUGGUUUGUGAAGCCCUUUGAGGCACUUGUGAUUAAGGGCUAUAUGAAUAAAUGUUGAUUGAUUGAUUAAAGUUUUGUGUCAUACCGGUGGCACGAUUAAAACUU